UGUUUUUAGGACCUCGUUUAUGCAUUAAAAUGUCGGACGACUGCGAAGAUAGAAAGUAUGAGAGGCAUUUCAUUGACAAUUCUGACCGAGUUAUUGAAAAACUAAAGAAACAGGCGAGGCGUUACAGAGUCGUUGAAAGUCGAUAUAAUCCAAGAGAGAGCGUUCUGGGCAACCCGUGCUUGGAUAUCGAGUGGCACACGGCGCCGCUACCCAAGCAGUGCUACUGCCCCGUCGAACCUUGCAUUUGCACUUCGCAUCUGCUCAAACAAGGAAAUUUACCAGAGUCCAUACCUGUGGAUACGUAUAGAAAAGCGACCAAAAACCCAGAUGGUACGCUGAUCCCGCGGCUGGCGGCGGCCGUCGAGGCGGAGGUUGAGAUCUCCAAACAGCUGGCGGAAUGCGGACAGCUGAAGGGCAGAGGGCCGGAAUUCUGCACGUCUCACUGCCCGGCCUUCCUAACCCCGGUCAAAGAGAGCGGUUUCUAUGCACAGAAGAGAAAACUGAUUGAAAAAUAUAUAAAGGAUAACAAAUUAGAGAAGAAAAUGCAGCGUUUGCUUAAUUUAAAAACAAAUGAUAUAUCGAUACCGAAAUCCGCGUCUAAAAAGAGUUUGAAGUUUGGAAUGGGAAUGGGAAUGAAAACGAAAAUGCAAAAGGACAAUCUUCCUGAAUUUGAUAUACCAAAAACUAUAGUACUCGAUCGGCCCGUUGUACGAAGAAAGAAGUUGACAGAAAAAGAGGAAAUCGAAGAACUUGAAGAAAUUCUUGGAAUAGAAACUCAUAAAGAGGGGCCAGAAACGUUGCUACGAUCAGAUUCACUAACUUCCACAAAGGGACAGCCAGGCAGCAGCUGGAUAUCUUCAAUAUUACCCGGUAAACGGGAACCCGGUCGCAGACCAUCUUGUGAUUCUGAAGCCAUACAGCCUACAGAAUCAGAACUCAAUCGGGCAUACAAUAAAAUACGGUCAUUUAAACUCAAACAUUUAUGCGAAGAAGAUCCAAUGCCGUCGUAUUCACCAACGAAACGAAUGGUUGAACUCAAACCGAGACCUAAAUCGAAACGAAUACAAGAAUGUGAAUCGACGCCUUCAGAGAUUGCUUUAAGACACAAAGAAUGCGACGACGACCCGAAACGGCCUUUUAAACCAGAAGCGAAACAAGUAACAUCUCUAUACGAAUGUAAACCUGCAAGAACAUCCGAACCAGAACUACUAUCCGAACCUAAGAAAAUAUUGCAAGAUGAACCCAAACGGAUAUCUGAACCUGAGCUACGACGGAUUUUCGAACCCAGACGAAUGUCUUUGGAUGAUCCUAGAUUGGCAACUGGAUCUCAAUCCAAACGGAUGCCCGAAUCCAAGCGAAAGCCCGAAAAUGAAUCCGGUAAAUCUGAUGAUGCGCCAACUUCAUCUGACAUCGAAAGUAGUCGGUUGAUUGAACUUAAAUCUGAAGAUGAUCCUAAACCCUGCAAAAUCACACCAACAUCUGAACAUGCGCCUGGGCAGACAACUGAACCCACAAAAAUGGCAGAUGUUGAACCCAGAUCAGUCAGUCAAACACAUGAUCUCGUGUCCAAACAGCUUAACGGAGCUGAAAAUGAGCCAAAACUUGGAGAUGUAAACAAAGGCGAAUCCAAACCAACAGUUGAACGAAAACCGGUACCUAAAAAUGAAUCUAAACGAACAUUUGGAUACAGAAGAACAGCUAAGAAGGAAACUAAACCAAUCUGUGAACCCAAACUAUCACUGGAGCUCAAGACUGGGGGUGUUUCUGAACCUCAACCUCGCAGCUCUGAGUUCAAAAAAUUGUUUGAAAGUAAACGACAUAAAUCGAAAACUAAACAAAUAUCUGAGGACGAACGUAAACGUGAAGUCAAAAAAGUACCUGGAGAUGAAUCCAAAUGGGAGCCCGAAUCCAAGAAAAAACCUGUCGAGGAACCGAGACGUAUGAAAGAACAACGACGGACUACUAAGGACGCUUCCAAAUACACAUCUAGAGGUGAACCGAAACUAACCUCCGAAGUUCGACGGACGCCAGAACUCGGCUCCAGACAGACAUCGGAACUCAGACAACCGUGUGGAGGUGGAGCUGUCGCGGUCGCCAACGCUUCAGCGCAUCCGUCUCGAACGACUAUGCCGAGCCGGACGUCUGCCGGAUCCGAUCACUCGAAACGUAGUGUAAAGAGUGAUAAACAUUCACGAGAUGAGAGUGAAGAUAAAGGUCUGGACAAGCGAUCAGACAGCGCUCGGACGGCCUCGGCAGCAUCAUCUAGAGUCGCAUCCGCCAAGCAGACGAAUAGAGCUUGUGCAUGUUUUGAUAAUGAAACAGAUAGUUCCAAGUACCGAGGGAGACGUCCCGGUCCAGAAGAGACCUGUGAGUGCACCGAAAAGGAGUGUAUUGCGAAAUUCGGAGCAAACACCACCGACGGCAAAGGCCCCAUCGGUCGCACAUGUCACUCUGUUAUAUAGUCUGUAACCGUUAUUGACCACAAAAUUAAUGCAUUGUUUACGAUAUUUCUGAUUCAAAUGACAGCAACAAUAAAUAAAACAAAAUCGUA